GAGGCGUACGUUGAUCUGGGCUGUCGCACACGUGGGAUUCGGCAACCCCUUGGCAGGCGAGCCACUGGCGCGGAUAAGUAGAAGCAGUCGGCGUUGUGGUGGGUUUCCUCACCCGGUUUUGGGGCCCAUGAAGCAAUUAUAUAAGGAGGGGCCCGUCGGCAAAAUAAGGGAAACGUAAUAAUGUUGUCAAUAAGUGCGAGUGAAAGGGCUCUGCUCUGUAAGUGUAAGUGAAACGACAAUGGACUGUGCGCCCAAUCUUCCGCGUCAGCAAGCAAACAAAGGGAAAUGACACGAGCAACGCUGCCGACGACGAGUCCUCCUUUAUAGUUGCUUCAUGGUUGGGGCCCAGCAGCAGCCCCAAGUGUGUUGAGUUUCAUUCGUUGGGGCCGACCUAGCUCUGCACGCUAUUUGUUCCGUUCGUUUCUUCAGUUUUUGCGUGUGUGGGAGUGAGCAAGCUUGCUGCGUGCUCUGUCAGUGUUCAGUGUAAUGUAACGUCGCCGUUUUAUGUGUUUGUGUUUCUGUGACUGUGUUGUGCUGUGCCUGUACCCCCCUCCGUUCAAUUUGUAUGAAGUAAUAAACGUAAUUAGUUUGUUAGUGCGCUCUUUGGGGCGAAAGACAAGUGACAGCAGCAGCAGCCGACAGAUUGCAAUCUGCAUGAGAACGAUACUAAAUGCUGACGCAUCUUUUGAUUUUCCGCACAUUUUGCAGUUUAACACUGGAUUAGAUAGAGCAAGAGAGAGGAAAAACAAUUACACAUUAAUUCGUCGGAGUGGAACGGCUCGUUGAACAUAUAUCCGAAUCGGAAAUCGGUUGCGGAGUGCUGUGCUGCAAGUGAAGUAACGUUUUCUAUAAACGAUUUCCGUGGCGAUGUCCUCCGCCGUCGAAACGGGGUCGUCGCCAGCCAAAAGCAACAACAAUGGCAACAGCAGCGGCGGAGGCGGCAAUGGUAAUCCCAGUACCAAUCCGAAAGGUGUUCAGCGCCGUCAAUUGCGCGAGCGCAAGCAGCGGAAGCUCUACCUUGACGAAUGGUCACAGGGCGAUGACGAUGGUGAGGGGGCGCGCGGUUUCAGUGUUGCCGAGAAACUUGAAUCUUCAAAGUUUGCGCAGGCUGGGAUGGUGCGAGAGAUGCGUGGCUGCGAUUUAACCGUCGCAUUCCUACAGCAGCAUGGCUUCAACAUACCCUUACUCUUCAGGGAAAAGAACGGGUUGGGUCUGCGGAUGCCCGAUCCCCAGGAGUUCACUGUGGGCGAUGUGCGGCUGUGCGUGGGAUCGCGUCGUUUGCUGGACGUGAUGGAUGUGAAUACACAGAAGAACCUACAGAUGACGAUGAAGGAGUGGCAGCAGUACUACGAGUGCCCGCAAAAGGAUCGACUGCUGAACGUGAUUUCGCUGGAGUUCUCGCACACGCGACUGGAUCGCUUUGUGCAGAGCCCAGAGAUUGUGCGCCAGAUCGAUUGGGUGGAUGUGGUAUGGCCCAAGCAGCUGAAGGAUGCCCAGAAGGAGGGCACCAAUCUGCUCGGCGGCAUGAUGUACCCCAAGGUGCAGAAAUACUGCCUCAUGUCGGUGAAGAACUGCUACACAGACUUUCACAUUGACUUUGGCGGCACCUCCGUCUGGUAUCACAUACUCAAGGGCAGCAAGGUCUUCUGGCUGAUACCGCCCACCGAUCGCAACCUUCAGCUCUACGAGAAGUGGGUGCUGUCCGGCAAGCAGGCGGAUAUAUUCUUCGGCGACACGGUCGAGAAGUGCGCACGCGUCUAUCUGACGGCUGGGAAUACCUUCUUCAUACCCACCGGCUGGAUUCAUGCCGUCUACACACCCACCCAGUCCCUCGUCUUUGGGGGCAACUUCCUGCACUCGUUCGGCAUCGUGAAGCAGCUGAGAACGGCCACCGUUGAGGACAACACAAAGGUGCCGCAGAAGUUUCGCUACCCCUUCUUCACCGAGAUGCUCUGGUAUGUCCUUGCGCGCUAUGUUUACACGCUGCUCGGCCACUCCCAUCUAGAGGGAGAGCCCUCGGCCAGCGAGGCGGAAAUGGCCGCUCGACCACACAUCCAUCUCACGCACUACGAGCUGUUUGGUCUGAAGGAGAUCGUCAUGUAUCUGUACGAUCUGCCGCCGCAGAAGAAGAAUGUGCCCAAUCUCGUGCUAGAUCCUGUGGCUCUCAUUAAGGAUGUACGAACACUGGUGGAGCGGCAUUGCAAGGACCAGCAGGAUCAGGCCGUGACGGGCAUGUCCGUUCUGCGUACGGCCUCCGAGGAACAGGCGGGCUUUCAGCUGUACGACCGCACAAGGGUCAAGCAGGAGAUCAAACAGGAGAUUGUCCGCAAGAAUGCUGAGGUAAUCCGCGAACAGCAGCAGCUAGAGGCUGGCAGGGAUGGUACAGUGGCUGCCUCAGGUGCCGUUGUGGCUGGCAUUGAGUAUAGCAAUGGAGUCCUCAAGAAGGAGCAGCUGGAGAACGGCGGCGGAACACCAGGAGCCACUGGCCAGGCAGGCGGAGCGCAACUAGAGGCCACCUUUGUCCUGCCGACGGAUACGCUCAAGUAUCGGCCGCCCAAGAAAAUGCAUCUGGCAAAUGCAGUGGCUGCGGCAGCGAGCAGCAGCACCACCAGUGGUGGAGGAGUUGCAGCCAUAGGAGGAGCUACAGCAAAUAGUAAUAGUCCCCCGUCUGCCGGUGGGACAGCAGGGACAGUCACAGGGAAUGCCAUCAGUGUGAUUGCCACAUGUUCCAACUAUAACAAUCUGAACAGCAGCGAUGCGGCAUCUCUGGACAAUAACUGUCCCUCGCCUGGGGAUGGGGCCAAGCUAUCGCCACAUCUGACGGGCACCGGCCAGCCGAGACGACGCCGCACGCGCUGCAAGAACUGUGCCGCCUGUCAGCGCUCUGAUUGCGGCACCUGCCCCUUCUGCAUGGACAUGGUCAAGUUCGGUGGACCGGGACGGGCCAAGCAGACGUGCAUGAUGCGCCAGUGCCUGUCGCCCAUGCUGCCAGUGACCGCGCAGUGUGUUUACUGUCAUCUGGACGGCUGGCGACAGACCCCAGUGUCGCCGCAGACCAAGCAACUGGCCACCGUGGACGGGCCCUCGGCACUGAUGGAGUGCUCGGUUUGCUAUGAGAUUGCCCAUCCCGACUGUGCAUUGUCGCAGCUGGACGGCACAGAAGAUGCGGCUGAUGCCAAGGGCAUUGUCAACGAGGAUCUGCCCAAUAGCUGGGAGUGUCCCAGCUGCUGUCGCUCCGGCAAGAAUUACGACUACAAGCCACGACAUUUCCGGGCUCGCCUGAAAUCCUCUGAGGUUCGUCGAGUGUCCGUUUCCCAUGGCCCGGGCGGAGAGGCUGGGCAUGAGGGCACGAGCAGCCUGUUGCCGCCACCUGUCGGACAGUACACGGACUUUGUCUUCACCAGCGAAUCGGAGAUGGAGUCUGGCACGGCGGGUGGCCAUGUGACGCACUGGAAGCACGGCAUGAAACGGCACCAUCAGCUGGAGGUGAAAACCGAUCGGAACAACAGCUGCGACACUCCAUCUCCUGGAAUAUCACCGAAUGCCGUGGGCGACAAGGUGAAGCGGCGCAAGAGCGACGAUGGAACGAGCGUCAGCAGCAGCAUGCAAGAGAGCAACGAUGCCCCGUGCAACUCCUCGGUGGAUGGAGCAGCUGCAGGCGGAGGUGGUGGAGGAGUGGCGACAGCUAGUGGCGGAGCCGGAGGCAGUGGUGGCGGCAAUCAGUGGAGCGGCGGCGGUGGAGGAGGAGGCAGUGGAUCGCGCAAGAAGAACUCGAUACGCUCACAGCUGGCCCAACAGAUGCUCAACAACUCGAAUCGGGUGCUCAAGAAGCCGCAGUAUGUGGUACGGCCAGCCGCAUCCGGCAGUUCGUCCGGAAACAAUGCCAGCGGCGGAGGCGGAAGCAACGGCAUCAGCAAUGGAACAAGCCAAAGCGGCGGAGGAGGCUCUGCCGGUGAGCGCGGUGCCAAUGGCAGUGGCACGAGCGGCUCCAAUGGCAUCAACAGUCUGCAUCACAGCAGCUCUUUGGCCCUGGAUCCCACAGUGCUGAAGAUCAUCUUCAGGUAUCUGCCGCAGGAGACGCUGGUCACCUGCUGCUCGGUGUGCAAGGUAUGGUCGACGGCUGCCGUCGAUCCCGAUCUCUGGAAGAACAUGAACUGCUCGGCGCACAAAAUGUCCGCCUCUCUGCUAACGGCCAUUGUGAGACGACAGCCGGAACACCUCAUUCUCGACUGGACGCAGAUAGCCAAGCGGCAGCUGGCGUGGCUGGUGGCUCGCCUCCCAGCACUCAAGAAUCUCUCGCUGCAGAAUUGUCCCAUUCAGGCGGUGCUGGCACUCCACACCUGCCUCUGUCCGCCCCUACAGACGCUGGACCUAAGCUUUGUGCGAGGUCUGAACGAUGCCGCCGUCCGGGAUAUUCUGUCGCCGCCCAAGGACUCGCGGCCCGGCCUAAGCGACUCGAAGACGCGACUGCGUGAUCUCAAGAUUCUCAAGCUGGCCGGCACAGACAUCUCGGACGUGGCCGUGCGCUACAUCACGCAGUCGCUGCCAUAUCUCAAGCAUCUGGAUCUCUCCUCCUGCCAGCGCAUCACUGACGCGGGCGUGGCCCAGAUAGGCACCUCCAACACGGCCAUUGCCCGCCUGUCGGAGCUCAAUUUGAGCGCCUGCCGCCUCGUCUCCGAGAACGCGCUGGAGCAUCUCUCCAAGUGCGAAAGCCUCAUCUGGCUGGAUCUGCGGCAUGUGCCACAGGUGAGCACACAGUCGGUGAUACGAUUUGCGAGCAACUCCAAACAUGAUCUGUGUGUGAAGGAUGUGAAGCUGGUGGAGAGCAGGCGGCUCUCGACCUCUGUGCGUUCGUCCCUCGGCAGCAGUUGGCAUGACUAAAAUACAAGAACUCCAGGGACAGGGAAUAGUAAUAAGACAGCCCAAAAAAACCUAAGUUUUAAUGUUAUACAUUAGAUACUUUGGAUAGCACAUAGACCCUGCACUUCCCCCUCCUCCUCCUCAUCAGCGACUUUCCACCUCAUCGAUCCCCGCGACACGCCAGAAAGGGAAUGCCAAAGAGAGCCGAGCGAGCGAGCCCUUUUGCAUAUUGUAUUUAUUAUAUAGAUACUAUAUUAUAUAUAUGUGUGUACACGGAAAUGUGCAAGCUAGUCAGCGGGUUCCGGGGGGAUCAGCUUGUUCUUCUCUACUCUCUUUCCCCUUAUGUAUGCCCAACGAAGAGUAGAACAAUCCUCUCAGUUUCACACACACAGUUCGGACAUAGCGUAGUGAUUAAUAUUAGCAUUCCCCCCAUGAUGGUAAUUACAUUUAAUCAGUGUCAUAUAAUUAAGGCAUGUCUAGGAACUAGAGAAACCAAGAGAGAGCACCACACAUGGCUUUGUCUGAGAGAGAGUCGUACUACGUUGUUUCAUAACUACCUACAUAUACAAUUUGAAACUUAAGGCUGGAUAUUCACAGUCGAAUAUAAAUGUUUUCGUCGCAAUUCGACGAACAUAACUCGUCUGUGGAUACCUUCUUAAGAGUGCAAUCAAUUGCGUUUUGUCCCCUUUCAUCAUAUACGUGUCUCUGAUUAUAUUUCUACAGAUCCUGUAGGAUUUAGUUGAACAAUUUGCCUUAUUCAUGUUGAUCUUAGAUAUUUGUUGGGGUCUUAUCAAACGAUUUUUUCGUAGUUUCGCGUCCCACUUAACAAGUGCUAAUAUCGCACAUAGUGGAUAAGUUCUGCCUGCCAAUGAUCCCCAAUCCUCCCCUUCCCACAUCCACCCCGUAGCAAUUAAAAUAGUGAUAAAAACCAUGUGGCUAAAAAACACACGCAUAACUUAUCUUUAAAGUUUUACAGCAUUACAUUACAAAUAUAGAAUAAUGUUUCAAGAAAUA